AUGUCUCGUGAUCACGUGAUCAGUUUUAUUUCAACUUCGCCACACAAUGGAAAAUCAAUAUCUGAUGUGGCAAUAUCACCUCGAUCGACGUAUGUUUUAACGUAUAGUCAAGAAGAUAAUUUCUUUGUCGGAUGGCUUCUUGAUACCAAAUCAGAACCUUUCGAUCUUCGUAAAGAUACCGAGUCAUCUAAAUUUGACGGUAUUAGUGAUUUCAAGGUCUCCGAUAAGAAGAUCAUUUUAUAUAAUUAUACUGGUUUAGUAAAAUUCCAUGAUUUGAAAAAUAAUAAAGAUCUUGAAAUUAAAAAUGAAUGUUUUGAUUACAGUCAUACAAAUUUUCUUGAAAACGGGAAUAUAGUAACAUUUAAGAGCAAUAUUAACACUACAAUAAAUCCAACAGUUUUGAUUUAUGAACUUACAAAUAAGAAUGAAUUUGCUCGCAAGGGAUUUUAUGUUUUCAAUGAAAAAAAUGUGGAAUUUGGCGGUUUUAGAAGCGAUAGUAUGUGGAUGAUGUCAUAUGAUUUAAUAUUCCUGUUGGAUUUAGCAACUUUUAAACUUCAGAA